UUUAUUAUUAUUAUCAUAAACCCGAACGAUAGGCACGUUGCUAUAACAGACAUAUAAGAAUAAAAGAGAUGAAGACAUUUUUUUCAGUUUCGCCAAUUUCUUUUUUGAUUCUUUUACAACAUCCGUAACAUAACUCUUCGCGUGACGAAUCACGUUACGUGACACACCAAUACCUAUCCAUUGCAUUUCGUAUAUGAUGUAUAUACAUAUCAUAUCAGUUCUAUGUGUAAUAUUUUACGAAAACUAUAAAAUCUUACGGGCACAUUUAUUUUUUGUUCUUUCGAAAGAAAUAAUCGAAGAAUAGAGUGAAAAAAAAAAGAUGAAAAUUAAUGACUCGUUAUGAAGACCAAAAAAUUAGAAACAUUAAGAUUAUUCAAUCUUUAUACUUCGACAGUUUUUAGUCGCAUAAUACAAAUCACUCUAAUCAUUUCCAUAGUGAAACGAUAUACGUUUUUUGUUCGGAAUAAUUUCAUUCUAGUGAGCAUACACAGAGAAAAGAAUAUAUUAUAUAAUCUGUUAUAACAUUUCAUGGUCGAAACUAACCGAAUAAAAUUCAUGUACGAUACUCAAUUUUCUCAAGGUUAUUAUAUUUAAUUAAUGUAAUAUAAAAUAUAAUUAUCUUUCAGAUCUAUACGCGAAAAAAUUCGAUAACGUAAUAAAGAAGAAUGAUGAUUCUCUGUUAAAUGAAUGAAAAUAAUUAGAACGAUCAUGUUUAUCCCUUAUAUAAAAAUAUUUUAUAAAAAUACUAUUAUAUUUCACCAAUGUAACUACAUUCAAAUCUGAAAUUUACUUGAAUAAUAUGACCUACAACAUUUGACAACUAAAUCGUUUUACGCACGAAUGUUUCAAAUUUAUUAAAACCAAGGUCAACCUUCGAACAUUCCCUUUAAAAGAUACAAAGUACAUCGAAGGGAAUAUCCUGUUUUAAAGACGUCUCUCUCUCUCUCUCUCUCUCUCUCUCUCUCUCUCUCUCUCACUAAUUCUCUCAUAGCGUUUCCCUUUUCAAAAAAAAAAAAAAAAAGAAAUCUUGGUUCCUUAUUUAUCGAACCUCAACGUUACGUAUUAGGUUUAUAGGCUAAAAAGAAACGUGAUUACAAUUUUUUCUCUUUCUAAGACACUUUCGGCAACCUUCGUUUUGUCAAAAAAAAAAAAAAAAAUGGAACGUAUGUCACGAAAAGAGAGUGACCUUGGUUCUUAUACAAUUACCGUCGUUACAAGAGGUUGAGAGAAACCGUUAGGGGGUCCAGACGAAGUCCAACUAUAAAGGAGCUGAUCAGUGUUCCAAAUUUAUCGUUCACCAUUCGACAAUCAACUAGUGAACAACAACAUAUUAUCAAAGAUGUUUUUUGCACUCGGUCUAGUUCUAUUGGCGAUGAAUUGUGAUGCCGUUUUGAUUAGAUACGGACAUGAAGGAUACGGAGAUUAUGAAGGACACAAUGGUUACAAAGGAUAUGAAACAGCAGUCUCACACUCAGCUGUUAUCACUCCUGUUCUUAGUAAAUUGAUCUAUGGUGCACCAACUUAUGUACAAAAUUAUGGACCGUACGAUCAUAACGAAGGAUAUACUUAUCCAAAAUAUUCCUUCAAAUAUGGUGUCCAUGAUCCCCUUACUGGUGACGUUAAAAAACAAGAGGAAGUUCGUGAUGGUGAUGUGGUUAAGGGUUCUUACAGUUUAAACGAACCUGAUGGUACAAUUCGUGUGGUCGAUUAUACAUCUGACCCACACAAUGGAUUCAACGCUAUUGUCAAAAAAAUCGGACAAGCUGUACAUCCUACGCCACUCGUCAAGUAUAUUGCCCCUGAAUACGGAUAUGAGAAGCAUUACUAAAUGGAUAUAACGUGGAUUUCGAUUGUUUACUUCGGAAUCGAUGAAAUUGAUUAAAGAUUAUUAAUGAUUUCGAUAAUAUAUGUACGUGUAAAUAAUACCUGUUAAAUUAUUUAGGAUAAAUUGAUGCAUUUAAGAUAAAUAAUAAAGCAAACAAUAGAUAGACAUUAUAAGCGAUUUUUAUUCUUAUUGUCUAAAAAAAAAAUUGUUGAAAUAAUUCAAGAUCAAUUAAUUCGAUAGCUCGAUAAAUGGUGUAACCUUUAUUACUUGAGAUAAAGUUUGAAAAUCUAUACUAUAAAAUUUACCGUAAUUAAAUAUUAUUUCUAUUAUAAAUAGAUGAUACGAGAAAUCGAUUAAUUUAGAUAAUAAAUUUAUAAAGAAAAUAAUGAGAAAGAUCUAGUAUUU